UGUCCCGACUGUGCUUACUGGGAAGGGUGAGGAUUGCGCUGGAAUGCACCGCGCUCUCCCGCCUCCCGGCAGCCACCUGCCCUCCAGACGUAUUGAAUCCAGCGCAGUUUCUGUGUAUUUAGUCAUCCCCCGGGUGUUUCUCUUCUAUUAAUUUUUCCGUGUCACUUUGAAGCACGAUGAAGUUUCAUCACUGACGGGGAUUCUGUAGCUCGUCUAGAAAAAUGGAUGAUGAUGAUGAUGACAUUCCCCAGCUUUCAUCCCAUACGUUGGCUGCCCUCCAGGAGUUCUGUUUGGAACAGCAGCAGAGAGAGGGCAUGAAGACCUCCCAAGGGUUUAAUCAAUAUUCCAUUGGCUCGAUAGAAGAAGACUGGCAACUGAGCCAGUUUUGGUACAGCGAUGAAACUGCAUCUUGCCUGGCUAAUGAAGUGGUUGUGGCAGCUGGAAAAGGUGGCAGGAUAGCAUGCAUUAGUGCACCAAGUGUGUACCAGAAACUGAAAGAACAGGACGGUAAAGAUUUCUCGGUGUGUAUACUGGAGUAUGACAGAAGGUUUUCUGUAUAUGGAGAAGAAUUUAUCUUCUAUGAUUACAACCACCCCUUGAACUUACCUGAAAAUCUCCUGCCACACAGUUUUGACAUUGUAAUAGCAGAUCCACCUUAUCUAUCUGAGGAAUGUCUUCAAAAAACAUCAGAGACCAUCAAAUACUUAACAAAAGGAAAGAUUCUGCUUUGUACAGGUGCAAUCAUGGAGGAACAGGCAGCCAAAUAUCUUGGUGUGAAGAUAUGCAAGUUUAUUCCAGAACACUCGCGAAAUUUAGCCAAUGAAUUUCGAUGUUACGUGAACUAUGCAUCUGGAUUGGACUGAUUCUCCUAAAAUCUACAACUUUUUCAGAUUAGUGACUCCACAUUUCUCAAUGCUGAAAUAUUCAGCUCCAAGUACUGUUUUCUGGGCUAGCUUUAAUCAACACAGUGUGAUAGCCUCUCUCUUUUAAAUGUGUAAGCAUGUGCAGUUUGUUUUGAAUCUUACCUGUUAGGUAAAUGGGGACCAAACAGUGCAGGUGCUGGAUAAUGAGAACUUCUCUGUUAAAGAGUUUUAUUCUAACUGCCCGUUUUUACUGUCCAGGGACUCUUCAGUGACCUCUGAAGUGAUUUUAGCUGGCUGACUUAUAACAACACAUAGGUGCUUGCCUCACAGACAUCAGAAUUGUCAUUGCAUCAGAACUGAUGACUAGGUAGCUAGUGGAUGGUUGAAAGAGCAUGAAUAGUGGUCUCCUUUCAAUCUUGAGAGAUGCCUCUCAGUGAAGGGAUUGAGAGAUGUUUAUUCUGAACGUGUCACAUGUUUUCAGAUUCAUUAUCCAGCAGGCUGAUGUUUUUAUAAAGAAUAACUAGAAGAGAAAAUAGCUCUCCUUCUAGGGAGGCCUCUCCAUUUGUUUUUAAUAAUAAUCAGAAGUACCUACCAGUUGCCAAGUAAGGUAAGACAUACUAUCCACUGUUGUUGCCAGACUGACUUUUUAAAAACUUGUGGUUAUUAUUUCACCUUUUCUCUAAAGCCUUGUCACAAACCCAGACUUUCUUUUUGUAAAAGAUAAGUUCUAUUUUGUCAUCACCACCAAGUACACUUGUGCAUGUAUGUGUGCUGGACUAGAGAAAAUGUAAGUCGUUAAAUGUCUCUGCAGAAGUACAGUGCAUUUAUUUUGCGAUGUUUAUGUGUUAGCACAACAGAGAGUCAUGAGCUUUUAAAAGACAUGACUAGGCUGUUCUGUUUACUAGUUAAGUGAAUCUCCAGGGCUGUUCUAAACCUGAUGUCUCCUUCAAAAAAAGCACAGUAAGGAUUUCCCCAUUAGAGAGGGCUUUACUUUCAUUAAGAAUCCUAUACAUUAGUCAGGCAAAUGCAACACAUCAGCUGGGCCUUGCAUUAGUGCUUCAGACUGUUCAUCGAUUCUCACUUUGAGUUACUCUUGCUGUUAGUUAUGAGAUGCUUCUGUAGAAACGUGACCCACACGUUAGUCACUUAAAUCUUGACUCAUAAUGAAUCUGGUUAAAUAUAGUGCCUGCUUUUUAGCAGAUUUCAGUAUCAAGCUAAAGGUGAUUUACAGGUAUGUCAAGUUUGUAGUUACGAGAACAGUCCUUUUUUUUUUUUUCUAUUGCCCAGUUUUAUCUUUGCCUCCUGUCCCACAGACAGCAGUAGAGCACUAGAACAGAAGUGUCUUAGAAAUCCUUGAAUUUUACAAGGCCACUGAGGUAUAACAUAAGGUAUUGAUCAACUCCCACUGUUUUUAAUAGACAAAUGUUAAAUUUUAGACACAAGGUUUGGGCAGUAUUUUAAUCAAUUUCAAUCAAAAUAGGUGAUAGAUUAGAAAAACUUUGAUUUGGAGUAGUAGAGAUUUUUGGUAACUGAUGAUAAUUUUGAAAGCCAGUUUUGACUAACCUUUUGACUACUAUUACUAAUGUAUUUUUGGGUAAAAGCUGGUUCAUAAAUUCCAAGGCGCUCCACAGUUUUGUCAGCUAUAAAUAUACUAUACAAAACCUAAGUACUUGUCUUUUGUAUGCUGUAUUUAUAUAUUGGGAUUGUGUAAAAAGCUACCAGAAAUGCUGCAUCUACAAAACGAAGCACCUAAAAUGAAGUAUUAAGCAAUUUGUUUUGCAAUGGGGAUAAACCUAAUUAAGCUUGUGAGACAAGAGUUUUAAUACUUGUGAGAGAUAAUACUCAUGUUUCUAUGCAUUUUUGCUCUUUGGAUGCAUAUUUUCCCAUCUGGUGGAGUGAAUAAAUGAGCAGGAAUAACAUAGAUGGAAUAUAAUCCUCCUUCAGUGCUCAGAGAAUCACGCUUCUUGAGCUGGACACAACAGUGGUUCAUAAAUAUCCACCCAAGCCAGUGUUGCUCUCUUCCCCAUUUUUCAAGAAAUUAACUUCCUAAGGCUUUUCCCUCCUCACAUUUUGUAUCUGCUGCUUCCUCCCCUCUCUCCUCCCAUAUAGUGUUCCUGAGUUCCACGAUGCCAUUUUUCUUUCUUUCACGCAUCUUGGUUUCUGUCAGACUGGUAACAGGUAUUGUUAAAAUGAGAGAAGUGCAGCAGAUGAAGAGCUUGCAGGGACAACAGCGACCAGGCUCUUCUGACAGUCUCUGUGAGCCCAUGGCCGAUACAGUUUUGCCUUUCAAGCCAGAAGCCAUCCUUGCUGCUGAGCCCCAUAAAGCCAGAAUCUCCCCCCAAAGUGACUGUCCACAGGUGGCAUACAGCUGGGUUUAGCUGUUUUCCAGGAGGCUACACCAUUACCUUUAUGUGGCCAGUUUCAACUUAAAGCAGACCAGAAAGUUAAAUGCAUAGGUGUUGGCACAAAUCUAUAUGUCACAGUUGUAAACUGGUUUAUGUUUACUACCUCAGUGUCUUGCACACCAAGCAGAUGGAGACAAUGAAGUAACUCCUCAAACUAUGCAGAAGCUUCAAGUGGGACAGGUACAAAUGCCAGAAGGUAUGAUACUCUUCCCCUGCCACCCACCUAAAUUAGAACAUGCUGUUCUAAUACAAGCAUCACCUAUGUUGCUGCUUUGCUAUUUCCUUCAGUUUGCUUCAUUUUAGUAAACGUGUGUUGUUGGGCUCUCUGUAUCAGAAUUAAAAGACGACUUUGCUAACUUCA